GAGGCAAGAAAGCCAUAGAGAGAUUUAAAAACCCCCCAACCAACCCCUAAAAAGAGUAGGAAAAAAUGGCAAAUCCCUUUGGUCAAGUAGUUGAUAAUGACAAGUUAGAUGAGAUGCCUAGGUACGUAGACGAACCCAAAAGCCAGGAAGAUAGAGCAAGAGAAGCAAUGAAUCUGAUGAAUGAGUAUGACAAGAAUGGAAAGGCAAGAAAAUAUGUAGAGGGAGUUAAGGUAGACUAUGGUAAUGGAGUCACCACAUUGUGUAUGGUUUACAAUGCUACUGGAGAAACUCUCUAUUACUCCACUAGUAGAGAUUGGUACGGCUUCAUUGGUCGUACACCUUAUCCUUUCGAGAUUGGUAAUGGCCAAUGGGCGUCUUUCCUCCAUGUCAAAAAGACCAGUGCCUCCUCUGGUUCAGAGGCGGCACUGGUCUUCCGUGGUAUGAACAGAAAUGGACAAUCCCGUGACUUUCUCGUCGCUUGGUCUAGCCCAUGGUCAGCUUUCUACACAAACAAGGCUUAUAGUGAUGUAGGUGUUGUUGGGAGUUUUAAUGGAAGUUGGAGUACCGUAUAUAAUAACUUGCAGAAUAAAGGCGGGUAUACACAAGAGACCAACAAAGAUGGAGUUAACAUAGAAGUUUCUACUGCUACGGGCACUUCUCCGUUAUUUAUAGCAAGAAUUAAAACCCCGUUUAGUCCAUGAAUGUACUAUAUAACUUGGAACCAAUGACCGGGGUAUGCCGCUUCGAUUGUCGAUUAAAGUAUAAAACUUGUCGAUAAGGAUGCAUGGUCUUCCUCUUCGGUUGCCCAUUUGCAUUGUGUUAUGCUUAAGCAUGCAUGUUAUGAAUUAAAUAAAAAGAUUGUAUUUUAUUUUUCUAAAUUUGAGUUUUUAUUCUCUAUCUCAAAAUUCUGUGUGCCACUUAAAUUUAUCAGUUGUAAUUAAUUCUGUAUAAUUUAUCUUUUAUAUAUGAACUAAAAGAGUGCUCCAAAUAGUCAAA